AUGAUUGACAAGACGAUAUUCAAUACAAGGACCAAAAUGGAAGAAAUUGUGAAAGUAGAAGAGGAGUCCGAAGAAAUCCCAAUGGCGACGGAAGUUGAGGUCAACAUUGAAAGGGAUUUGAGGAAGGAUAUCGUGCUGGAAGCAAUUGAAAUUGGGGGGUUUUCUAGGAUUCGAGAAGCCGGGUUCCAGGGGAUAAAGAAAGAUUGA